CUGCAAAACAUUCUGUGAACAUUUCAUAUUCGUCGGUAAUAAAGUAAAAUAGCACCACGUUUGUGAAACUUGCUCUGAUGUUACAAGCGAUUACGUAUAAUUCGUGUAGAUUUGGAGUUAAGGACUUGUUGACUUAUCUUAAGUCAUUCCAUAUCGAUUUGACCCUAGAUACUUAUAGCUUUGAACUGAUAUAUUGGGCCGACUGUUGGAACUAGGAUGUAUUAAUUACUGUUUGAUCUAGUUUUUAGUACGUGACGUCGACCGCCGGCAAUACCAUGCUGGAGUACAGAGUGACGGGUCCCGGCGGCCUGUGGACGGACCAAGGACCACUUCAUUUCGCGCAAGAGCAUUGUCAAGUUAACAAGUCCGCUAAUAGUCUACCUGGAUAAAAUCGACCAUGCUUUUCCAUCAACGGGGACCGUAAUCCGAUAUUUUCUUAUAUAUAUCAACGGGGAACAUCCAUAAAGUUCUGUAACUUGGAUAUUUCGCAACUUUUACGAGGAAAGUGGCAAUCGCAGAUUCAUCUCGUGAUUGUAGAGCAGAUCCAAAGAGCACGUUGUUGCAGCGAGGCUGAAUCUGUCGUCAUCGACAGUCUCGACACACAAGGAAGCUGGCUAAUUUAAACUUGUAGUUGACCACAUCAACAACUCUGAAGGAAAGGAUAAGACGCAGUUUUCUCGGCAUCAACAAACAAAUUCGUAUAUGGGUCUCGGGAGGUACAGACAUGUUUUCAGAAGCGUAGUCCCAGGCAAAAUGUCCGGCCGGUAUUUUGGAUUAUCCCCCGCCUUUCUUGCCAUGGCGUUGCUGAUCUCACUACAGAUGUGUUCAUGUUUCGUGCUGCGGGAGAAAUCUGACUAUAAACCAUACUAUAAAGGUAACAAAGUUAAGCCAGUGUACAAGAAACGUUUGAAGGACGAUCUUCUUGGAUAUGACAUAUCAGAACCGUUGGAUGUGGUUGAAAUGAAGCCCGUGUCGAUAUACCAGUUCGAGACGGAGCUAAGCAAUGCACAGGACUACAGAGAUGUGUUACGGAUCUUUUACGGGAAGCAUUUGUCGGACAACGUCGUGGAUGAGAUUCUCGAGGCAGACGUACCAUACGAGAAACACAAGCAUCACCGGGAACACGGCUACUCAUCAGAUCGGAGGCACGACCUCCGGAGAGACUAUGAAGCCGCGGUAAAACAUAUGGACGAAAUGAGGGACAGCGAACUCACAAUGUGCAAACCCCGGCCAAAGGUGAUACACAUGCAGGACAAUCUGAGUAUGGGCACAAAAAUAUUGUUCUGGCCAAAGUGUACGACGGUGUAUAGAUGCGAGCAGGACUCUGGUUGCUGUGGCCACGACACCGCCAGAGUAUGCCUGCCCAAAACAGUCGAAAGGGUCGCCAAGCCGUUUUUCGUGACAGAGCGCAUCAUGGGUACAAAUCGUGUCAAACCACGAGUCGAGCGCUUCACAGAUACGUUCGUCUUCGAAAACCACACAUCGUGCGAAUGCCAAUUUAAAUCAACGCAUUUCAAGAACAAAUGCAGCGAAUGUCCUUUCCCAUACACAUUGACCAAGGGACCCCCUGACUGCAUAUGCGACUGUGACCCAGGAAGCAUCGUCUGUAUGGAAAUCAAAGUGGGGAACCGGUCGUUCGAUGAGAAGCCUUUACAAUGCAUUAAAGAAGAACUGUGCCAAACGCCACUCUGUGCAUACGGCAACUUUGGCACGAGGAGCGUGCGGUCAGGGUAUUGCCCUGCGAAGAAGAAAGAGCUGCCCUCCUCCGACCAAGUAUUCCAACCACUAGACGUGCUCCUGGUCCGAGAAAAGGAGAUGGACAGGUCAUAUUUCGACAGCCUCGAGAAUGGUAGCGGGUUCGAUGAUGACAUGGAAGACGAUGAAUACGGUGAAGAGACAAAUUACCUUGAUUACAGUCACGAACCUUAGCGACUUGCUUCGAAAAUUUCCGGAGCUUAUCGGUUACACUCGGGUAUUUCCGUCCAGGCUUUGAACUCUGUCGGGAAACUUCGUCAAUUCUCAGCACGAUAUAAGCUCGAAUGUUAUGUAUAAUUCCUGGGCGGUUACAAACAUGACGUUCAAAGAAUACAGCGAACGCUUGCUUACAUCGAUGUCCGGGUCUUUGCCUGUCAUUGUGGGACACGCUGACAUGGUUGAGACACCUUCUGAUGUAAAAAAAUCUGCUGAAAAGUCUGUUUAUUUUACGAACGUGUGCCUUAUUGGGGAUAAGGGAUGCUUUACCCAGUUCCUUUUCGUGUUAUACGUAGAUCAUGGUAAAAAUAUACAUGUAUGUAGCUAAAUAUCUUCUGCGGAAUGGCUCCGAAAGUGAAUGUAUUUCGCAAUAACAAGUUUUUCUGUGUUUACUUCACGAUAACAUGGAAACAGUCUGAAUUUUGGAAUAAACAAAAAUUGUGGUAUACCGAUGGAUUUGUGAAUGGGGAUAGAAAAAGUUCGCCUGGAAUGUUAACCCACCUUCGAGAGGUAGAACAAGACGGUCUCUCUGUUGGUAUUCGACUUAUCACUUUAUAACCAUAACUAUUUAUUCGAGAACUUGUAAAUAAUUCGCUGGUCAAGAGUGAAAUUCUCAAACAACAGACUUUGGCUUACUUUGUGUGUCGCAGGUAACAUGAAUUAUUACUAAAAUCGCCCUUAAAGUCAUACUUUGAGCAGAAAUUCCUAGCAAACAUCCACUAAUCGGCGUUUUUUAUGGCAAAAGCUGAUGCUAAAUUAGACGUAUCAUUAUAAAUAUGUUCUUAUCACCUGAUUGAUUAGAAUUUUUCGUGAAGACACUUGCGGGGGAUGUUACUUUUUGUGUUUGUAUGUUUGUCAUCAAUGUAGCUAUCAGAUGAGAUAAGUUUCUGAUUGUGUAAACUAACGUAAAUGCGUAGUGGUAGCAUAUUAAUGAAUCACAAACUUUGCGUGCAGCACUGAGAGGUGACGUGUCGGGAAUCGGUUGGUCACCCGCAUCACGAUUGGAGGCUCGAGCAUGACAUCAUGCCUAUUUCCGAACGACGAAGCGUAAUGAGCGCUGAUUGGUCGAGGAUCGUGUAUUGGUUCCCAGUCUGCUCACAUGGGGCGCUGCAUUCACUAUUUGUUUGCCAAGCCACAUUGCGCCAGUGAGGAAAGUCUAUUGCAUUUUUUGCAAGAUUGUCAGCAGGAGUUGCUUGCUAUCAAAAUCGCAUUGCGACUGCACUGCCCGUGUGACGGAGGUUGCCUUCUUCGUGCUUUUAGGAAGCAGAAAAGGCAAACACUGUUUGAUCAUCUGUAAAUUAUGUAAAUAAAUGUAGUCGAUAUAUCAUGUAUAA